ACGGGGCGUGGCUUUGGAAGGGGAGAGUGACGUGAACUACAACGGGUUUCCUGAACGGCUCGUGACGUCACUCUACCGGUGUCUGAGUAGCCUGAGUGCAGUUUACGGUGCUGCUGAAAUAGAAUGUGAUGGGCAGGAAGGGCUGUGAUUGAUACACACGCAGUAUUGGGGAACUAAAAUCAUGGGAGGUAAAAAUAAGAAAACACGACACGGCAACUCUGGUGCUCUCCAGAAUGUCAUCACUGCUGCUAACCGGUCUCGUGCGCCUGCUGAAGCUUGCACCGCGGGGGAGGACACAUCUAAGAAACAGACCCAGAAACCUGCUAACACCAGCAGUGCAUGCAAAGAUCCCAGAAGCAAGCAAGGUCCUAAAACGUACAGCUUUGCAUCCUCAACUGAUUCUGCUGGCAAUAUAAAUCGAGAUAAGUCUAUACUGAAGGUUAUGAUUGACAGUAAGCUGGAGAAGAGGAUUAUUUCAUUAGUCAAUGAACAUAAAAAGCUGAAUUGUAACAAAGGAACGGUGUCUGGAAGACUGACUUCUAAGAAGCUACAGGAUCUGUAUAUAGCAUUACAGGAGUUUGAUUUUAAGCCAGAGCACAUAGAAGAUGCCAUGACAAACACUGUCCUUUAUGGGGGAGAUCUUCAUUCUGCUCUGGACUGGUUGUGUCUAAACCUGCAAGACGAAGCCUUGCCUGAUGGUUUUAGCCAGCAAUUUGCUGAAGAAGAACAGAAGAUUCGAGCAAAAUUCCAGCAUCCUCGCCAAAAAUCUUCAGCAGCAUUACCUAAUGCUGGGAAGGGGGAGGAAGGAUCUGCAGUUAAGGAUGGUAGUGGAAAAGAUGAAACCCUGAGCAUGAAAGAGUGGAUUCUCCGCUAUGCUGAGCAAGGAAGUGAUGAGGAUGAGAAAACGCCAGAGGAUGCGAAAACACCAGAGGAUGAGAAAUUUGACCCGAAUGAAAGAUACCUGGAGCUUACAGCCAAGAUGCUGGAUGCCAAGUCGCAAGCAGCUGCCACCAAACAGGAUAAAAACAAAGUAUCUCAGAAGGAGGCUCAGGACAUAAUACGGGCAUUACAGCAAGAAAUGAAGACUCUAGAAGAGCACCCCUUGUUUAAUCCUGCAGUGAAAAUACCAGAAGUGAAACCUAAGAGACCCAGUGUGACGCCGUCUGAGAGUAAAAACCCUAGUGAGCUGCCUGUUGAUGAGGGGCUUGCCUUUAGUCUGUUUGAGCAGGCGGAGGCAGCUGCAGAAGAUAAAGCAAAAAAGAAACCGGCUCUUGACGUUAGGAAUUUUGACUAUACCGCUCGCAGCUGGACGGGUAAAUCACCAAAACAGUUUCUGAUCGACUGGUGCCGAAAGCAUUACUCUAAGAGCCCAAAUCCUUCUUUUGAGAAAGUGUCUGUGGGCAGAUAUUGGAAAAGUAGGGUAAAAAUUAUUAAAUCCACUGAUGAUGUCAUGUUCGUGUGCCCCACAAUUGUGACAGAGGACAGUAUGCAGGCACAGCAUUUGGCAGCCACGCUGGCACUGUACCAGCUCACCAAGGGGCAGUCGGUACACCAGCUCCUGCCCCCUACAUACAGGGAUGUCUGGCUGGAAUGGAGUGAUGUGGAGAGGGCCAAGCAGGAGCAAAACAAAAUGGAAUCCAACAAACCCCGGGAACAGUUUAUCUCCAAAUUACUGAACAAGCUACGACUUCAGCAACAGCAGAAUAAGCCCCCAAAAGAAACUCACGUUUCAGAGGAUCCAGAAGACUCUUGGGAGAACUUGGCAUCUGAAGAGGAUGUGGACAAUACUAUGUCUGCUAACCAUGAUGUUGAGGAUCUAGAACCCCUGAAAAAUCUUUUUGUAAAAUGUCGGGAUUCAUUAAAGUAUAGGAGACUUCUGAGUGACAGGGAGCAGCUUCCAGUUUUUGCACAUAGAAACUUCAUACUGGACACCUUAAAUAGGCACAGAGUCAUUGUGGUGGCUGGAGAGACUGGUAGUGGUAAAAGUACACAGGUCCCUCAAUUCUUGCUGGAGGACUUGCUUCUAAAUAAAUGGGCCUCUGGGAAAUGUAACAUUGUGUGUACCCAGCCUCGGAGGAUCUCUGCCAUGAGUCUGGCUACCAGAGUAUGUGAGGAACUAGGAUGUGACACUGGACCUGGAGGAAGGAAUUCUUUAUGUGGGUAUCAGAUUCGAAUGGACUCACGAACAAGCGAAUCCACCAGACUGUUGUAUUGCACCACCGGAAUCCUACUGCGCAAACUGCAGGAGGACAACCUCUUGAGGAAAAUUACACAUGUCAUUGUGGAUGAGGUGCAUGAAAGGACGGUACAAUCUGACUUCCUGCUGAUCAUCCUGAAAGAAAUCCUGCGCAAGCGAGCCGACUUGCACCUUGUUUUGAUGAGCGCAACUGUGGAUUGCGAGAAGUUUUCUAGCUACUUCACUCAUUGCCCAAUAAUACGGAUUUCUGGCAGGACCUACCCAGUUCAGGUUUUUCACCUAGAAGAUGUCAUUGAAGAAACCGGGUUUAUUCUGGAACAAGACUCGGAAUAUUGUCAAAAAUUUUUAGAAGAUGAGGAGGAAAUAACCCUUAAUGUUACCAGCCAAGGAGGUGGCAGCCAAAAAUACCAGGAAUUCAUUCCAUUGCAGUCAAACACUGGACCAACCUUGAACCCUUGUUAUCAGAAGUACAGUAACCGGACCCGCCAUGCUGUUCUGUACAUGAAUCCGAACAAAAUUAACCUAGACCUCAUCUUGGACCUACUUGUGUACCUAGACAGAAGUGCACAAUACAGAAAUGUAGAAGGCGCUGUGCUGAUCUUCUUGCCUGGCCUUGCAGAUAUCCAGCAGCUGUAUGAUAUGCUGUCCUCUGAUAAGAGGUUUCACGACAGGAGGAGGUACAAGCUAAUAGCUCUGCAUUCAAUCCUUUCUAGUCAAGAUCAGGCUGAAGCUUUCAUACUGCCACCUGCUGGAGUCAGAAAGAUUGUUCUGGCUACUAACAUUGCAGAAACAGGCAUUACAAUACCAGAUGUAGUGUUCGUUGUUGAUGCUGGAAGAACAAAGGAAAAUAGGUUCCAUGAAAGCAGCCAGAUGAGCUCAUUGGUGGAGACGUUUAUAAGCAAAGCAAGUGCUUUACAGCGCCAAGGAAGAGCUGGGCGUGUACAAGAUGGAUUUUGCUUCCGACUGUACACAAGGGAGAGAUUCCAGAGUUUAAUGGAGUAUUCUAUUCCAGAAAUAUUGCGAGUGCCUUUGGAAGAACUUUGCCUUCACAUCAUGAAAUGUGAUCUCGGCUCUCCUGAAGAUUUCCUCUCCAGAGCAUUAGAUCCUCCUCAGGCGCAAGUUAUCAGUAACGCUAUGAACCUGCUGCGCAAGAUUGGAGCGUGUGAGCUAACUCAGCCCAAAUUAACUCCCCUGGGUCAACAUCUCGCUGCCUUACCUGUCAAUGUGAAGAUUGGUAAAAUGCUCAUCUUUGGGGCAAUUUUUGGCUGCCUAGAUGAAGUAGCAACUAUGGCUGCCACAAUGACAGAGAAAUCCCCAUUUACGACACCUAUUGGCAGAAAAGAUGAGGCAGAUCUGGCAAAAUCCGCUAUGGCUGUAUCAAACUCUGACCAUCUGACAAUUUACAGUGCGUACAUGGGAUGGAAGAUGAUUCGCUCAGAAGGAUAUGGCUCUGAAAUGAGUUACUGCAGAAAGAACUUUCUUAACCGGAAGGCGCUUUUAACAAUAGAGGAUGUAAAGCAAGAGCUGAUCAGGCUGGUAAGAGCAGCAGGAUUUGAGUGCCCCAGAUCGUCCCCAGCUCCCAAUGGUUUAUAUACAGAGCGAAGGCUUCCCUCUGCUCAGGAGACGGCUCUUCUUAAAGCUGUUCUAACAGCAGGACUGUAUGACAGUGUUGGCAAGAUCCUCUUCACAAAGUCUGUUGACAUCACAGAGAAAUUGGCUUGUGUAGUAGAAACCGCACAAGGAAAAGCACAAGUGCACCCAUCCUCCGUGAACAGAGACCUCCAAACCUAUGGAUGGCUGCUGUAUCAAGAGAAGGUUAAAUAUUCAAAGAUCUACUUGCGAGAGACAACUCUCGUUUCUCCUUUUCCUAUGCUGCUAUUUGGAGGGGACAUAGCCGUGCAGCAUCGAGAACGCCUCCUGACUGUAGAUGACUGGAUCCAAUUCCAGGCUCCUGUGAAGAUCGCCGUCAUUUUUAAAGAGUUGCGUGUCUUAAUAGAAUCUGUUCUUAAGAAAAAACUUGAAAACCCCAAAAUGUCUCUUGAAGAUGACAAGAUUUUGAAUAUAAUCAAAGAACUAGUAAAAACGGAACAGUAAAGAGCACAGGACGUCCAAUCCCAGGGAUUGUUUACAGAAGAACAGGAAACCACUACAAAUACUGUAGUAUUGUAUUAAAAUGCAAAAACAAAGAUUUUCUUUGCAUGUAUGAUCAAUUUCGCUAACCUUUUCUAGGUUGAAUGAUAAAUUGUAAAGCUUAGCUGAUAUUUUUCAUACUGAAGAAUUAUUAAAAAAUAAUGUAAUUUACAAUAAAGACAUGCCAUACUGUUUAAUACA